ACUGUCAGUGCUUAUGGUCAGUGUCUGCAGGGUCUGCCCGGUGUCUGGCGGUGGGAGCUCGGAGGAGAAUUGUUAUUAGAGCCUGGAGGUGGGGAGAGGGGUGGAUGGGGGACCUAGACUUUCUUUGUAUCCGCGUGGAUUACAAGAAAUGGGUGUCGGUUCGAUACAGACUGGAGUUUACUUUCACUUUCUGUUCGGCUAUAUAUUCACAUACAGAGGGGGAUUUCCAUGUUUGGAGAGAGAAGCCAUAUCUCCCCCAGCCGAGCUGCAGACACACACAGAGGGGAGAGCAGCCAGGAGUGAGGUAAAUACCCGAAAUAUUACAAUAUUAUAAUAUUACUUCAUGUGAUGUCCUCCUCAUUUUACUGGCUUCCUGUAUCUUUGUUAAACCAUCCUGUCUAGGCUAACUGUCUGGGUUAUAUUCACUAAUGUGCGACUUGUCAGGAAGUAAAAGGGCAAUUUUCAGCUAAAUUGGAAACCUUGCCCUGAUCAAUUCAAUAUCCCUAUAUAGAUAUGUGUUAUUAAAAGCUUAAAUUACUGUUAGAGGUGAUGAAGCAGAUAUAAGACCCAGCCCCCAGUGAAACCAGUAAUAAUGUUAUAACCUUGGAACCUUCUCAUAUCCCAAAACUACAGUCUGCCCCCCUUUAGUCUGAUCCCCUUCCCCACUACAGUCUGCCCCCCUUUAGUCUGAUCCCCCCCCCCCACUACAGUCUGCCCCCCUUUAGUCUGAUCCCCCUCCCCACUGACAGUUUGCCCCCCUUAGUCUGAUCACCUCCCCCACUAAGCAGUUUGCCCCCUUAGUCUGAUCCCCCACUCACAGUUUGCCCCCUCUUAGCUGGAAGUUUUCCCCCACUACAGUUUGCCCCUUGUGGACUCACUGAUCCCCACUGCCAGUUUCGGCCCCCCUUAGUCUGAUCCCCCACUAAGCAGUUUUCCCCUUUAGUCUGAUCCCCACUACAGUUUGCCCUCUUUAGUCUGAUCCCCCACUACAGUUUGCUCCCUAGUCUGGGAUCCUCCCCACUAAGCAGUCUGCCCCUUUAGUCUGACAUCCCCCCACUAAGCAGUCUGCCCCUUAGCUUGAUCCCCUACUACAGUCUGCCCCUAGUCUGAUCCCUCCUACUCAAGCAGUUUGCCCCUUUAGUCUGAUCCUCCCCACCUGCCAGUCUGCCCCCCUUUUUAGUCUGAUCCCCCACUACAAAGCCCGCCCCUUUAGCUCCGAUCCCUUCCCACCUGCCAGUUUCCAAGGCUCCCCCUUGGGCCCGCUGGGACCCUCCCCUACUGCUACAGUUUGCCCCCAUUUAGUCUGAUCCUCCCCACUGCUACAGUCUGCCCCUUUAGUCUGAUCCCCUCUACUACAGUCUGCCUCUUUAGCUGUCUGAUCCCCUACUACAAAGCUCAAGGCUCUUUGGGCUCCGAUCCCCUCCUACUAAGUAGUCUGUGCCUCUCUUUAGUCUGCUGAUCCUCUACUAGCAGUUUGCCCCCUUUAGUCUGAUCCCUCCCCUACUAAGCAGUUUGCCUCUUUAGUCUGAUCCUCUCUCCCUCUACUAAGCAGUUUUGCUCUCUUAGUUCCGCUGAUCCUCUACUAAGCAAGCAGUUUGCUCUUUAGUCUAAUCUACCUCUAUUUAUUAUUUUCUUUGUGUGUUUUCACUUUAUCACUCAGUGUGUGAUCUGUAAAUCCUAUACAGCAAUACAGCAAUUAGAAGCACAUUACAUUCAAAUAUAUAAUUCGACGGGCAGAUUGCAUUUUCAUUUAACAUUUUGUACAGUGCCACAUCACACUGUAAUAAAUAUUAAGCGCAGUGUGACGUGACGCUGUUGUAUCUUAUUGCAGCAUUGGCAAUCUUGUUCUGGGCUGCCUGAGAUUGAUAGGAGUACUCUGUAGGACAGCAGCUGCUGUUUAUGGCAACUGUAAUUAAUUCUGACACUCGUGUCAAUGACACACUCAGUAGGGGGACAUUUCUACUUCUGGGUGGCCAACACUUUGUGGUGAGUCCAAGCAUGAUUAAACUCCCCACAGUUUACUGUUGUGCAUUACCUGCCUAUCUAAAUUUGGACUUUGGGACGUGCUCUUUGGACACAGAAACUGUGAGAAAUCGUGUUUCUGGAAAUAUCCCAGAAUUCCCAGCUGGUCAUGCAAAUAAGUUCCAACAGGCAUUGUGUGUCAGACUUCUCCCUGUAUUCCUGCGGGUACCCUUAGCCAUAAACCCUGUUUUAAACCUGGUUAUAUUCCAACAGGACGCAUGACCAGAAACCAGCCCUGGAUUCUUUAAACAACUUCUUCUCUGGAACUAAUUGUUAGAACAAUUUGAAAUUUGACAAACGUGGGAGUAAUGUCCUCUACCAUGGCUGUGCUAUGAUUUAUAAAUACAUUAGUGACGCACUCAUGUAAAUAAAUAUACUUUAAUAUAAUCUUAACUUACAUUCCAAAGCCACAGUAACAAGCAUUCAAUUUUCUUGUAGCUGUGAUCUAAAAUGUCCUAUCACAGUCCUGUCUAUAUAUCUGUGUUAUCUCUGUGUUAUGCCCGUGCCUUUAUUAAAACCUAGUACGUGUCAUCCACGUAUUACAUGUAUCCAUGUGUCACUUCAAAUGUUUUGCAGGUUCCUUCAUAAUGAAAUGCUUCAGCCCACCAGUAUGUUUGGUUGUUCUGGACAUUACAACCCUACAGUUGAUGGGGUUAUGUCUGCCUCAAAUAAACACCUUGUAUUUGCCCAUCCUUGGGGUCUGGUUGGUUGGUCUAUCACGAUUAUUGGUUCUCAUUCUUGGUGUGCGUGUCAUGAGGUGCUGGUCUAAGAUGCCUUCAUGGAUGGAGGGAGACCCUCUUCCAGUGUCCUACAUUGUCCUCAGCCUUCUUACCCCAUCCUGUGCCACUAUAUGCAGCGUAGUGUCACCAAAUAGCAGCUCCGAGAUCCUCUACAGCUGGAAACGUUGGGACUUGUUAGUGUUGAACUACCUCCUCACAUUAACAUCAGCUAUUCUUUGGCACGAGCUGGGUCCUUCCGCUGAGAAGAAAGAGGAUGAGACUGCAACGUCUUCAGGCUCCUUGAUGCGCUUGCUUACUCUCUUAAAGCCUUAUGUAUAUAGAUUUACACUUGCAUCAGUAUUUCUGAUACUUUCAUCAUGGGGUAAGUAAUGGAUUUUACUGUCAACAACUGAAAAAUAUUGUUGAAUCCAUUGGCCUUUUUAUUAUACAGAAACCCUUCAGCCAGAUCUGUAUGUGUGAUCCCAAAUUGUAAAAACUGUUAACACAAGAAAUAUCCUUGUGAAUUAGUUUGCUCUGUAUAUACAAACCAAAAAGUAUACAUAAAAAUGUUGAUUUAUUAAUUAUAAUUUUUUUUUUACUUCUUAGUGACCUUUUGAUGGCAUUGAAUGCCCAGUCAGCAUAAAUACAGUGUGGUGAAACCACACCUAAAAAUUCAUGUCAUAUUCUUAUCAUGUGUUAUAAUGUCUUAUUUCCUUUACUGCGCUACAGGUGAGAUGGCUCUGCCUUCCUACACAGGGCGCAUGACCGAUUGGAUUCUGAAUAAAGAAGAUCCCUCAGCAUUUAAAAGUGCCAUCACAGCUAUGAGUCUGAUCACCAUCUCUAGGUGAGUCACACAGGGUUAUUCACAGGGAAAUCAAAAUAAAUGGCAGAAAAUUGAACAGUGAGACUGCAGGGACAUGAUCUAUACACCAAAACUGUUUCAUUAAACUAAAGUUGUUUUGGUGCUUAGAAUGUUCCUUUGAAUUGGAAAUCAAAGUAAUUUUUUUCAAACACAGAAAAGCUCUGAAUAUAACAAUGAAUUUUGUCUUGGCAGUGCAGUGACAGAAUUCCUGUGUGACUGUAUCUACAAUAUCACGAUGAGCAGAAUACACACUAAAACCCAGGGACAGGUUCUCCGCUCUGUCCUGCAGCAGGAGAUAGGUUUUUUUGACACCGUACCCACAGGUAACUGUUAAGAACCUCUAUUUAGCUUUGUGUAAUAGUAUGCAGCAUUAUCAAUGCUUUUUCUUACAAAUAACCCAUGAUAUUACAAACUAUUGAAUGGCGCGAUUUCUCUUGCAGGGGACAUCACAUCUCGCGUUACUUCAGAUAUCACGGCAAUGAGUGAAUCUCUGAGCAGUAAUCUGAGCCUGUUAGUGUGGUACUUCAUGAGAGCUGUAUUCCUCAUUGCUUAUAUGCUGAGCUUGUCCCCAAAGCUGACACUUUUCACUUUGAUGUGUCUGUGUGUCAUCACACUUGUGCCAAACCUCUCAGGAACUUUUUCCCAGGUGAGGCAGUUGUCAUCCACUACACAAGUUUAUCACCCUCUUUCUGUCCUUGUGUCUUUGGUUUCCAAUUUAUUUGUUUAGUAUUGUUAAUCCUGAUGAUUAUGAUGCACAUAAACUAUAUAUAUUCACUUUAAUGCCAAUACGUGCUGCAGUCAGAAAGCUAUGUUUUUGUUAGCAGGACAUUGAGAUAGGUACUUAUAGAAAGGUUGACAAUGCUGUUUGUUUAUAUUACUGCCCUGCAGUAACACAUCCUUUUAGAUCUGUAGUGGGGCAUUUUUUAAACUGCCUUGUAAGAUGUCGAUGUUGUACAUCAGUUUAUUAAAAUUUAUAUUUGCAACUGAAUGGAAAAGUAGUAACCAUUUCACUACAAAACCGGUGUAUUCUAAAAGACGGGCAGUGCCUAGGACUGGGAGUUAGGGGGGCUUAUGGGCAGAUGUCAUGAUAUGUGUAAGGCUCCAGUUUGGAGAAAAAUUAUGACACUAAUUAAAUUCACUGAAAGGUGUAUUUAUUGAAAAAUGCAGUACGUGUAGCUAAAUACAAUGGCUUUUGGUCUGAUUACGUAUUUAAUAAUGAGUAUAUGCAUUAACAAUAACUUUCUGAAACUCAACAAUCACAUCAAUUACAUUUGUUAUACAUUAAAUAUGUUCCUAAUAUAUUAAAACUAUAUUCCUUGCUUCAGCAACUAUGAAUUGGACUAUAACUCACCUGGACUCACCAGUUUAUCUUAGCUAUGCUGUGAUUAGUUAGAUUUUAGGGCAGAGGUGUCCAAAAGGUAGAUCCCCAGCUGUCAUAGAACUACAACUCCCAUGAUGCUCUGCAUACCUUUAAAAUGACUAAGCAUCAUGGAAGAUGUAGUUAUAGAUGUUGAUCUAUUCCCAAAUUCAUUCUUUAUUGCUAAUGAAGAGGUUAGGGCUAUUUGAGAUUUGAAUUCCAUAGUGUCCAAAACCUCAGUAAGUAUCUAGAUACUUCUUCCUGUUACCCAAACAGUUCUAUUAACUUUGUGCCUGCAUCCAUCACACGUGUAAUAGCUACUGUAAAAGGUGCACUCAGUAUUCUUUAUAUAUGUGUAUAUAAUAUAUUUAUUUAUAUCCCAUGUCUUCCCUGCAGAGCCUGGCUGUGAAAGUCCAGGAAUCUCUUUCAAAAGCUAAUCAGGUUGCACUGGAGGCUUUCUCCAACAUGAAGACUGUGAGGAGUUUUGCUAAUGAGGAGGGUGAAAGCCAGCGCUAUGAAAGCAGAUUGCAUGAUACCUACCAGCUCAACAAAAUGGAGGCCCUUGCCUAUGGCUGCUCCAAUGUGGCCAACAGCGUGAGUAUAAAGAAAAGGUGUCGUCUCGGGAUAAGCAUUUUAUUGGUGUCCGAGUAUCCAGAUUGGGAUUUAAGAUCUUUUCAUUUCUUGUAACAUUGUAGAAAAUUACAAAAAAAUAUAUGAGCUUAUCUAAAGAUUUCAGGUUAGCUUUUUUAUUAAGAAGUAUAAGCCAAUGUUGACAGUUGAUCAUUUUGUUUGUGUCUAAAUACAAUACAUUGGCAAUAGCUUGUUUAAAAUGCAUCCAUUUUGUCAGUCGAGAGGCAGCUAUUUUAGAAUAACGCCAUUCCAAAAGGUUUUUCCCACUCUACCUCUUUCCUUCCCAGUUAUUAUGUUCCCAUUAUAUUUUCCCGAAGUGUUGCAACUUCAGUUCCAGUGGGAAAAGCUGUAAUAGGACAUGAAAUACAAAACCAAAUGGAAGGUGGAAAACUAGUACAGUCUAUUAUUUAAGUCAUAAAUGGACAAAAUGUCACACCUUUAGGAGAGAACACAUGGGGAGACACAUGGUAAAGUAAUAACUGUCUGCAGUUUCUCUGUGUCAGGAUAUACAAUGACCCAACACACUGUGUCUAAGUAAAGCUAUAUAUAUAUUGUAAACUCUUAGAUAUGUACGUAUUACCAGGCCUGUGAGUGGCCAGACUUAAUAUAAAUAUAGAAUGAUCACAGACAAGCCAAGAUUGGGGAUGCACAAUAGGGCAGAAACGAGUAGACAAGCCAAUAGAUCAAGGAUACCAGAAAUAAUAAUAGUCAAGUACAAGCCAAGGUCAAAAUGUCAACGCAAUCUCUGAUUACCAGUAAAUGGAAAUCACGACAGGACACUGAUAAUCAGUUUAAAUGGCUAUAGGAUGGCAGGGAUUGGCCAGAAAUGAUCUUAUGAUGCCAAAACAUGUGUGCGUGUCCAUGACGCAUGCAAGUUUGUGUCAAUUUUGCCAUAUUCGGAGGCGUAGCUAUAAAGGGAUUCCGUAGCACGGGAGCCCUCUGAAUGCCACAAUGACCAGACGUUUCAUGGAAGGUAGACUGAAUUACAGUCCUACUCAAGGUGGGACUCGACCUGUGGCUAAAACCAGAGAGACACUGCCGAACAGACUGGGCCACAUGAUCUCACCUCUCUGGUGCAGUGACUCUCUGGCUGUCUGCAGCCAGGUUGUGAAUUAAGUAAAGCUCACUCACUGUUGUUGGGGUCUAUACUUUUGAUAAGAAAGUAUUUCUGGCAUGAGGGGGCGUGGCUAAGGAGGCAGUGUUAUGGUGCCGAAUUCUGUAAAACAUUUCUUGGUGCCUGGAGUGUCCCUUUAAGCUGCUAAUGAAUAUGGAGUCAGUAUUGGUAGAAUGGAGUAUUUUGGGGUAUGUAUACUGAGGAGUGGAGUAGAAGAUUAAGGUAACUUCCAAGGGUCAUGUGUGAACUAAAGUGAAAAGUUUAUUUUUAAUUGUGUUAACUAUCAUAUUGAUAAGUUUUUUUUAGUUGAUCUCCAGCUUUGAAAAUCCAUUUUAUCUUGGUUCAUCUGAUGGCAGCUUAGUAUUCAAAAUCACAGAAAUUAGUCGUUUUUACUUUUUCAUCUGUUUUACAACUGUACAAAUUGACGAUCUCAAUGUAUAUUACUGCCAUGUAUAAUGUAUAUAGUUUACAAAGAUAAGUUACUUUGAUAAACACAUGGACUUGUGGAAGGCAAAAAUUGCCAGUUUAACUAUUUACUGUCCUACUUACAGUUUGCAGGUCUGGCUUUGAAAGUUGGGAUUUUGUACUUCGGAGGACGCUUAGUGACCAACGGAGAAGUCAGCGGUGGGGACCUGGUGUCAUUUGUCCUGUAUGAGAUGCAGUUUACGUCAGCCGUGGAUGUAAGAGAUAGGGUCACUCCUUUUGGAAUGUCAGUUCUAUUGGCGGAUAUCAUAUGUCCUUGGUGAUCUACCAAUUAUGCAUCUUUUUAUUUCACAUACUAUGUGGACCCCCCUUGUUCCAAUGUUAUUUCUUGUUUCUCUCACUGAUGCAGUGCAUGUAUCAGUCUGACGUGUAGGUAAAGGCUGUGUGAGAAACUCUUUCCAUGAUACUGUAACUGUGUGUAACAACUUUGAUAAUUAUCCAAUUUAAUGAGUAACCAUACAUGUGCUCGUUAGUCUCUAAUCUUCUGUGCCUUUCUGAUUUUUGAGGACUUGCUAUUAGUGAGACUUUCUAGCACUUCCUUUUGUGGUUAUUCCUUUGGAAGUAAACUCAUGACUAUCUGUCUCAAUGAUUGCAGGUUGUCUGACGCUGUACAGGAAUCAGCCUUAAUGAUGCUGUAUGGAUAUAUUUGCCUGUGUUGCUUGGAAAGUUUCUCACACUUUGAUACAUUGCGAAUUUGUCUCAGCUCUCUCCUGCUGCUGUCACAUAACUCUAUCUUAUUGAUGCAGUGUGCAUCUAACUCGUACUUGAUCUCUGGCCUUUUCUAUUCCCAGGUCUUGCUGAGAAUGUACCCUGAUGUCAGAAAAGCUGUAGGGUCCUCAGAAAAGGUUUUUGAGUAUAUGGACCGCACUCCACAGAUGCCCAAACAAGGCACCCUCAUCCCUAGCAGUCUCAAAGGGCACGUUCAGUUCCAGAAUGUUACUUUCUCAUACCCGAAAUAUCCAGAUACCCCAGCUCUGCAGGUACCAAUACCAACACACACAUUAUUAUUGUGCAUUUUUCAUAGAAAGUAUCAGUUUCCGCAUCCUUGUUUAUUGUCCAUACCCUUAGGAUGUGUCUUUUGAACUGUGCCCUGGUGAAGUGACAGCUCUGGUGGGUCAAUGUGACGCAGGAAAGACCACAGUGGUGCAGCUGCUGCUCAGAUUUUAUGAACCGAAGAAUGGAAAGAUUCUAAUGGACGGAAAACCAAUAUCAGAAUACGAGAACAAAUUCUACCGCACAAAGGUACUAUUCACACCCUGCGUCUGGUUUUGUACUAACACUGCAUUUAUCUGUAUUACUGCUGGUAAGUCAGAAUAUAUGUGACUAGAUAUAGUUUAAUAGGACAAAUACUGUAUGGGGUGUGAUGGAAUUUAUCUUGAUUCCAAGGCUCAAGCUUAUAGGUGUCAUAUUUUGAUAUCCUAUAUUAAAAUUGGCUAAUGUGGACUCGGGAAAUGCUUGAUGCUUAAAACGACACUUAAGACCAUAUAUGUCUAGUUCCGGGAGCAGAUAGCCCACACCUGAGAUGUCUCUUAUCUAAUCUUUGUGCAAAGAUCAUUAUUUGGAUCUAUAUCAGGGGUCCAUUCAGCAAACAGGAGAUUGACAAAGGAAUUAUUUAGGCCAAAAUAUCUGCGUUGGAAAGGUAAGUGAGUUGGGGAUUUUUUGGAAUAUCUAUUGGAAAUAUCAUAUCAAUUCACCACAAUCCUAGUCACAUAGGGAUUUAUUCACUAAACUAGGGAACUGAGGAACACAAACUGUUUUCUCGCUUUGUGAUAUGGCACUUGUCAUGCUCUAGUUUAAACCACAUUUUGCAAAUAAACAUUUCGGUUGAUACAUUCCACUCUUUCGGUAUCACAGUUUGUAGUGUAGUAUUCCUAAUGCAUGUUCUCUGCUGUAAAGGAAUACUGGAUCCUUCCAGGGCUAUUCUUUAAAGUCUAAACUGUAGUGUACUGAAAUCUGAAUUGCAACAUUAAGGCUAAACACCUAAACUGUGACUAUAUCUGAAUUGGAGAAUUUUUCCAGAUCUGCUAUUUUUGUCUACAUUCUGCCAUGUGGAUUGCAGUUCACUGCAAUUUGUAUUUUAGUGAAUCAACCCCAGUACGUGGAGAAGUAGAAAGAGAAAGAAAUAAUGUUUCAGUUUUUCCUCUCCCAAAGCAGUGUGUGCCUUGGCUGUGCCAGGACUGUACUGGUUUGUGAUGUAAAUUGCUAAAUCCCAAAUAUAUUACAUUCAAAAGAAAACAGAGAUUCACCUAAAAUGUGUUAAUACGAAGUUAUGGCUGAUUUUUCAGUGCUUUAUUCAAUGGUGUAAUUUCCAGAAAAUUGUCAGUUCCCCCCGUAAUAUCCUCCUUCCAUCGUCUCCCCAUCUAGGUGUCAGUGGUCAGCCAGGAACCAACGCUCACGUCCCGCACCAUUGAGGACAAUAUCUCUUAUGGCUUGGAGAAGGUACCCCAGAAAUCGGUGCAGGAUGCAGCGAAAGUAGCACAUGUUGAUGAUUUCAUUUCAGAAUUAACCAAUGGAUAUCAGACAGGUAUUCUUCUUUUUAUCUGUGUACAGUGUUUGUAUAGUCCAAGAGAAUAAAAGAAGGUAGUCAGCCAUUUACAAGCGAUGAUGUUGAUAAGCACUGGAAACAGUAGAUGUAAGAAGAUAAGAAAGCAUUACCUGACUAUUGAUACUCAGAUGAUUUUCCCUAGGGAUACAUUCCACUUUACCUUGUUUAUAGCUAUAAAGCAUUUCCUAUAGACAGCAAGCGUGUUCGAACUAAACCCUUGUCUCUGUUUGUAAGACAUGUUUUGCAUACAUUACUUCUGUGUCUUGCUAACUUUGCUGCAAAAUACAUUUGUGCUUUAUAAAUAAAUAUUAACAAUUUCACCUCCUUUCCCUUUACAUCCACAACAAUAUGUUUACCCAUAAAAUGACUUUUGUUUUAUUUGGAAAGAGUUAAAAACACAAACACAAAUACACAUUUUAGAUUAGCAUGUGGAUUUUUCACACAUAUAAAUCUAAACUUAAAUAGAAUAAAAUCAUAAGACUUUCCACGCAAAUAUGGCAAUUACAAUUCCUCCUCCAAAAGCAGUGAAAUAAAUAAUUAUGUUGUACUUUCUUGCCCAAUAAAGUAGCUAUAGUCACAUCUACAGAUGGAAUGUUUGCUUAUAAUAAGAAGAUCUUUCCCCUUUCCUUACUGAGAGAUUGGAAACCAAAUACAUAUUUUAUAACCAAAAAAAAAGACAAAAAUACUCAUAAAGUUCUUCAUUAAGAAAUAAGAACAUAUAAAAUACACAUACAGUGAAUUUAUUGCAUUUUAUGUUUGUAUUUAAACUUAUAUCAAUAUGUGUGUCAAUGUAGAUUUUAUUAGUAUUAUUAUUAUGUGUAUAUACUCAUAUAAUGUCUUCCAAUGUGUUAGGUGCUGGCCAGAAAGGAGGGCAGCUUUCUGGGGGGCAGAAGCAGAGGGUGGCAUUGGCGAGAGCUCUUGUAAGGAAUCCCAAGGUUCUCAUUCUAGAUGAUGCCACAAGUUCCCUGGAUACAAAGACUGAGCUCGAUGUGAGUCCAAGGCGAAUAUGCAAAGAAACAGCACAAACCACCAGUUCCCAUUGAAGCUGACUCUUUAAAAACUACCUUUCUUUUUAAAAACUACCUAUUCCAGCCUCACUGAAAUGGAUUCCUGACAAUCACACAUUCCUUUUUACAAAAUCACCAAAUGCCAGCUUUACUGAAACCAGCCAAUGACUCUUUGCUCUUCAUAAACCACCUAUUCCAAAUCUCACCAAAGCCAAUUGCUUGCAAUCACUUUCCUUUUUUACAAACUGCCAAUUCAAAACCUCCUUGAAACCCAAGUCUUCCAAUCACACCUCCAUUUUUACAAAUCAUCAAUUUUAAACUUUACAGAAGUUUUUCAAUCAUAUUUUCUGCUUCUCACACCACCACCCUUGAACCUCGUCAAAACACACUUCCCUUAUCAUGUAAUACCUCCUCUGAGAUUGGCUUAAACUGACUGCUUCCAAUCACACUUUCCUCUUAUCAAACCACUUUUUCCUAACGUCUCAAAAACUGACUCCUAAAACCUCCCAAAUGAUGGAUAUAAGCAUCCUUAGUAAAGACAAAUAAGUCCUCUCAGUAACUCCCUUCUAUUUACUCACUGCUGGGUCCUUCACAUGUUUCUAGUACCAUCAUUCACAAACACCAUUAAUGGCAGGCACUCCCAGCCUCCAUUUUACAGAUCGAUAGAUAUCUCCAAGUCAAACUUCAACAUGAAUUCCCAGCCUCCACAUCAGACACCAAAAUGUCUUUCCACCUUAAACCUAAGAUGUAAAGUUAUUCUACUUCAGAUACAGCUAUUCCCAGCCUUCACCUCAAAUUCCAACAGAUAUUCUCAGCCAAGGCCUCAGGUACCAAAGCAUUCCCAGCAUACACAGCAGAUACCAACAUAUAUUCCCAGCAUACACAGCUGAUACCAACAUAUAUUCCCAGCCUCCACCUCAGAUACCAACAUAGAUUCCAAGCCUCCACCUCAGAUACCAACAUAUAUUCCCAGCCUUCAUCUCAGAUACCAACAUGUGUUCCAAGCCUCCACCUCAGAUACCAACAUGUGUUCUAAGCCUCCACCUCAGAUACUAACAAGUGUUCCCAAAUUUCAAGACACUGAUAUUCUCCCAGCUCCACCUUAGAUACCAGCAAUAUCUACCACCAGCCAAAACUACCAUUAAGCUGAUACAUGCAUAAACUGUUAUUCACAACCUAUCUUCAGCUAUCAUAAUCUUGUUUUUUUCCUCCAGAUUCAGAGUGCCCUGUAUGAUAAUCCCCAGAAACGGACAGUGCUGCUCAUCUCUCAUCGCAUGCACACAGUGCAGCAGGCAAAGCGUAUCCUGGUACUGGAAAGCGGACAAAUCACAGAGCAGGGGACUCACGAAGAGCUGCUGGCCCUGGAGGGCAGCUACUGGAGGCUCUGGAACAAGCAGACCAGCAGUUUCCAGCGAAGUAAUGGAGAGCAAGAGCAAGUGGAGUGAACACAUUUUAGUAAUACAUUAGUCAAAAGCCAACUACCGAUGCAGGACCCAAAUACUAAUAGAGUAGAGAAGAAACUCUCAGUGGUACGGGAUGGCUGUAAGCAUCUGGACUCAUUAUUGUUUCAAAGAGGUUAUUUUGUAUUCAGUUUGUAAAUAUUACAUAGAAGUUAAAAAAAAGUGGUGAUUUCUUUUUUUAUAUUAGGGGGAACCAUGACGACACUGAAAAUUAUAGUGAUACACGCAGGUCACAAGCAUUUUUUAAUUCACUACAUGAGCAACUAUAGUAUCAUGAGAAUAUUGAUAGAUAGAUAGUAUUAGUCACAAGAAGUUGUUGAAAUUUGACAAGAAUUACAUGCACACACAAAAUUCUCCAACGUUAUUGAAGCCUACAUCAUGCAAUUCUCCUUCCAAUUCUCCACAAUUCCCAGUUUAGUGAAUAAGUCCAGAAGACUUGCUAGAUCAUGUACGUUAUAUAAUCACCUACUAACCUCAUGCUGACGCUUCAUAGUUUAUUAGUCGAGAUAUAGACAUGAAGGGGUUAAGGAAAAAGAUCAUAUCUGGUGCACAGUUCAGGCAGUGGAGAAACCAGCGGGGACUUUCCAAGCUUGCACAGCAAUGGUUACAGCACAAAUCAUUUUUCACAUGACCCCCAAAGGCUUAUAGUUUGUGUAUUUGUAGAUACAGAAACAGUAUUUUUAAAAAGAUUCCAAAUUUAUCAGUAACUAUAAGUACACAGCCUGCUGAUCACCCGAUUUCCAGCACACUCAGGCUAUAAUUGUUUUAUGCAUGGCAUGCAGAUGAACGUUUGCAACUUCCCUGGUUCUGUGCACAUUUUUCUUUUUUCUGUGUACAUGUAUAUAUUGUGCAGUCAUGCUUUUGAUGAAUUUUGGAUAAAUAAAUGAUGAUGUUUUAUACUACUGACAGUCUUCUAAAGGUCUGCUCCAAUCCUUGUUAUAUGUUUCUAUAAUUAGCUUUUUUUGCUGUGGGUCUCUGUUCUGCACCCAUGUUCAAUGAACAUUACUAUGCUCCAUAAUUAGAACAUUGCUGCAUGCAGGGUUAUUCUCUAAACUCUGCAUUGUAGUGACUUUAAAUCCGAAUUGCAGAAUUAAGACCAAAGUAGCCUAGAUGUGACUAGACUUGUGCAUAAGAGCUUUUCAGCUGGCUCUAGCAAAUCAAAUGCCUUUUAACCUACAUCUGAACAAAAAAAAAAAUCAAUCCGACUCCACAGGCAAAUCAAGGACAGAUUGUUAGUUCGUGUAUAGUGCUUUAACUAUAGCAAAAUAGGAUCAUUUCACUAAAUCGCCUGGUUCUUGUCUUAGCUCUGCAAGUUAGAUUUCAUUUGGCUACCUUGUGGAGUUUACUGAAUAGCCCUGACAGUAAAGUACAUUGUUAUUGUUAUUGAGGUUUAUUAUAACUAUUCCACACUGCAAUUAAAAAAAAUCUUCCAGUGCCUCUCCAGAAAAUGGUCUCCAGGUCCACCCCUGUGUUUAAUGAAGGAGACAGAUUUGUAAUUUUGUGUUGAAACAAGGUAGUAACAUCUUAUAGUUUUGCCACAAAAGAUCAUCGGAUAAGAAAAAUAUGACUUCGGUCCUACCUUUGAAACAUUGCCAAAACUAUUUGUUUAUAAUCUAAUUUAUUUGUGUUUAAUCUUGAUAUGCACUUCUCACUUUCGACAAGUACCAGUUUAUUUAAAAGAUGUGAAGUUAGAUUUAUCUUUUGAAAUCUGACCUCUCCCUCCCUAUACUAUGGUUUAUACUAUUUCUAUUGCAUACUCGUGAACAUGGUUAUUUAGUUUCUUGUUCAAUGACCUUUGCUUUUUCAAAGACUGUUUGUGUGAAUGGGAUAUCUGUGAAACUUGGAAUGCAAAUCUUUGGCCUUCUGUGGCUAUUAUCCUUUGCAUUGACUUAAAUAUGUGAUAUCACAAAAGCUGGGAUAACAACCAAAUUCCUUAACUUGACCUUAUUCCUUUGAUAAUAUGUUGCAUAUAUGGUCUAUUCCUUCAUACCUGUGGCCCGCCUAAAGCUGAUUUAUUACAGUUUUGUAUGGUCCUGUCACUUAGGGACACUAUAGUCACCUGAACAACUUUAGCUUACUGAAGCAGUUUUAUUGUCUAGAACAUGCCCCUGCAGCCUCACUGCUCAAUCCUCUGCCAUUUAGGAGUUAAAUAACUUUGUUUAUGAACCCUAGUCACACCUCCCUGCAUGUGACUUGCACAGCCUUCCAUAAACACUUCCUGUAAAGAGAGACAUAUUUAGUCUUUCUUUAUUGCAAGUUCUGUUUAAUUAAGAUUUUCUUAUCCCUUGCUAUGUUAAUUACUUGCUAGACCCUGCAAGAGCCUCCUGUAUGUGAUUAAAGGACCACUAUAGUGCCAGGAAAACAUACUCGUUUUCCUGGCACUAUAGUGCCCUGAGGGUGCCCCCACCCUCAGGGACCCCCUCCCGCCGGGCUCUGGAGAGAGGAAGGGGUUAAACACUUACCUUUCUCCAGCGCCGGGCGGGGAGCUGUACUCCUGCUCUCCUCCUUGCUCGCGACGUCAU